CCAAGUUCGGCUUCCUUAGCUGCGGGGAGCUUGGCCAGAGGUCUGCCGCUGCCGGCUUCUGGUCUCGGAGGUCGCGGGUUCUGCUAUCCCGAUGCGGUUGUGGCUGUCGCGAUGUUUUUUUCUGAGGCUGGGGCCCGACCACGGACGUGGGAAGCCAGCCCCUCAGAAUACAAGAAGUGGGUGAAAGUGUUUAAAGCAUGCGAUGAAGAUAACAAAGGCUAUCUAAGCAGAGAGGACUUUAAAGUGGCUGUUGUAAUGCUGUUUGGGUACAAGCCCACCAAGAUAGAAGCUGAUUCUGUGAUGUCUUCAGUAAAUCCAAACACUUCUGGCCUAUCACUUGAGGAGUUUUUAAGUAUUGUAAGAAAAAAGAAGGAAGUUCAACUCCAUCGGAACGAGAUAAGACACAUCUUCACAGCUUUUGACAGGCACUACCGUGGAUAUUUAACAUUGGAAGAUUUCAAGAAAGCAUUUAUGCAGGUGGCUCCCAAGUUAUCAGAACGGACCAUUCUGGAGGUAUUCAGGUCCAUAGUUACCCAAAAGAAAGCUGAUAUCCAAAGACACUAGAAGAAGACAGCCAGAGGUGGAGAAUCCUAAUUAGAGUCAUCUGUGGUGUGAAUAACUGAAGAAAUUUUCAUUACCUUCCAUUCAUUUACUGCCAUAUUUUUCCUAAAGAAACUUCUAAAGAUGAAGAAUGGUCUCUUUUGGAAGUAGUUGUCCAUAUCACAUUCAUUUUUUAAGCCUGACCAACGAACCACAACAAUAAAACCAGCCAAACGACCAAUUCAAGAAGACAGACUUGGGGCGUAAGGCAUCAAAGAAUCAUUUUGGUUUUAAGUUGUUGGAUCAUUCAUUAAAGCGUCAUAAGAGCUAAAUGAGGUACUUGUAGAAGGUUUGUGAAUUGCUUCCUAAGUAUUCUGGGAAUGUUUACAUUAUUGAUUUUAUCAUGAAUAAAAGCAAUGUGUUUUCUUUUUAAAAAAAUUUUUUAAUGCUUAUUUUUGAGCGAGAGAGGCAGAACACAAGUGGGGGAGGGGCAGAGAGAGAGGGAGACACAGAAUCUAAAGCAGGAUCCAGGCUCUGAGCUGUCAGCACAGAGCCUGACUUGGGGCUCAAACUCAUAAACCAUGAGAUCAUGAUCUGAGCUGAAGUUGGGUGCUUAACUGACUGAGCCACCCAGGCACCUCAAAAGCAAUGUGAUUUUUAAAAAUACAUAUUGUCAGGGUUUAUAACACUCACAUUUUUAAUGGGUAUAUAUAGUAUAACAUUUAUGAUUAGCAGUCAUAAUCUCUUGUUUUAGUCUUAAUUCUACAGUUAUGUGGAUUCAAAGCUCACCUCCAAGCCUUGUGCCAUAGUUUAUGCUUAGCUGAAGUCUGUCCUCUAGUAGGGAUCAUGAGAACUGUAUUCUCUGGUGUCUUUCGUGUUUCAAAAUGUUGAUAUCUGGGCUAUCAUUGCCCUUAAAUAAAAAUACAUAGUGGAUUGAACAUUAGCAUUUUUGAGUCACUUUCUUUUUCUUUGAGAAUGCUGAUUAUGCUUACGUUGGAAGUCCUUUUAAUUUAAAAAAAAAUUUUUUUUUAACAUUUAUCUAUUUGUGAGAGACAGAGACAGAGCAUGAGUGAGGGAGGGGCAGAGAGAGAGGCAGACACAGAAUCUGAAGCAGGCUCCAGGCUCUGAGCUGUCAGCACAGAGCCUGAUGCAGAACUCGAUCUCACGAACCGUGAGAUCAUGACCCAAGCUGAAGUCAGAUACUUAACCUAGUGAGCCACCCAGGGACCCCAGAAGUCCUUUUAAUUUUCUAUUAGUGUCUCUUUCAUUGGCUUGUUUUGCUCACUAUAUCUCAUCACAUAUUUUCAGCAAAGUCUAUUCUUUGUGCUGUGAUCAAUAUGGCUUUUCUUUUUUCUCUGCUAUGGUUUUAUUUUUCUUUUAUAUUUCUUUCUUAAGUUAUAUACACUGAUGUUUAAUUUCAUUUUGUUAUUUUGCUGUAUCAUAAUGUUUUAUAGUAUCUUCCCUAAGCCUUUCUAUACAUAUUUUCAAUUCUUGUUUUAUAGAGGUGUUUGUUUUAUUAGGGGAAGCAAUGGUUUUUGAGAUUUUAUUUUUAUUUUUUUCAAAAUUUAUUUAUUUUGAGAGAGACAGAGAGAGUGAGUGGGGGAGGGGCAGAGAGAGAGAGGGAGAGAGAGAAUUCCAAGCAGGCUCCACACUGUCAGCACAGAGCCCACUGCAGGGUUUGAACUCAAGAACUGUGAGAUCAUGACCUUAGCUAAAACCAAGAGUCAGACACUUAAUGAACUGAGCCACCCAGGCACCCUGAGAUUUUAUUUUUAAUUAGUGAUUGCUUGGGGGCUGCUAAGUAUAGCUUUUUUCAUAUAAAUUGAAGAAACAAGUUUUCUACCAUGGAAAGGGUUUUGAAGAACAAAUUGCUGCUUAAGCCAAGAGAUGAUACAUUAUGCAAAAAACAAAGACAAAAAUCGGUACUAGUUUAUCUUAUCUCUAAAGAUAUCAUAAAAUGUUUAAUAUAUGGAUUUCAGAACUUGAGAAUCCUUUCAGUAUUUGAAACUUUGCUUUCCACUUAGGACUGAUAAUCGUGAUUUGUGUACUAAAAUAACUGAGGCUGUAUCAGAGGUGUUGUUUCAUUAUUCAGAAGUUCUUAGGGAAUUCUUUUUUUGAAGAUCUUGUUUUUUCUUUUUCCCUACCCACUACAAAUGGCAGAAGAGUUUGAGAACUGUGGGUAGUAUUGUUGGUACAGUGGAAUGAAUGUGAGAUAAUAGGCUGUUUCUAGCACUAAAAGGUUAAAACAAAAAAAUAUCUUUUGUCUUUAAUACUGCUGGAACUUAGAGAAGAUUUUAUAGUGGUGGUGUUUUUGUUGUUGUCGUUGUUGUUGUUUUUGUUUUUAACAUUCAGUGAUCUUCAGUGCCUCUAACAGGUAGGAUUAAAGCUAUUUAACCUGGCUCUCCAAAAUCUGAUUCCUUUUCAAACUCCUCUUUCAUUAGCCCCAAAUUCCUGUGUUUCCGUUGACAUAAUGCUUGUUCCUUUGAAUGUGUGAUGUGUAUUUGAACUUCAUUCUGUUUCCCCUAUUGGCAAUGCCUUUCUGUACUUCCAACCGGCCCAGAUUAGACCUAUCUUUCAAGGUCCUGCUCAAGAAAAGUUUCUUUUUCUUCAUAUUGAAUAGUCUUGUCUCCUGUCACUAAAUUUUGGUACUAUUUAUGGUUGUAUAUUUUUUCACUUACUUGAUAAACAAAAUGCAGUGUUUGGGAUUAUCUUCAUAAGAUACUGCAAGCUCUUUGAGUUUAUGAGCUUAUCCGUAACCCGCUGGCUCCAACAUGUUGCCUCAUGCGUUGCAGUUACUUAAUAAAUAAUUGUUGGUUCAUUGUCACUCCGAAUAUCCAGUGACAGUGAAAUUCUCACUUGCGUUUUUUUUUUUUUUUUAAUGGUUUAAUUUACUUCUUCUAAACUAGGAAAAAGUACUUUAAAAUGCAAUCAGGAGCUUUGUAACCACAUGUGGCUUUGCCUUCCAUUUUUCUCUUUUUGCAUGUGGUUUUCACAAAUUAAUCUCUGAUGGCCUCUCUUUGCUUUAUAUUGUGGUCGCUUGCAAUUCACAAUUUAGCCUCAGCUGUUAUCAAGGAGCUGGCUUAAUGUUCUUUCCUGACUUUGCCUGCCAUCAGCACCCUGUGAUACUUCUGGCAGGCAUUUUUCUCUGCAUGGGUAUAUUUACUCCUCCAUGCCUAGGAGCCUUCUCCAUCUCAUUGUAAGCACUGAGAUUUGCACUUUCCCACCACCUGUCAAUUGGCGAAAAGCUCUGGGAAGCUUCUGCUUUCCAGCCAUGAAAUGAAAUGUGGAUAUGCAGAAGGCCCACUUCCUGACCCACUGUCUCAGGUUCUGAGUGUGCAGGCAGAUUGCCAGGCACUAAUGUCAUGUUGGAAAUAUCGAGGCUCCACGAGGCUCUCUAAUCAUGACCGGAGACAUUUAAAGUUAUAUCUGAUCAUUUUGGUGUAAGAAUCCCAUUCUUCAUGUUACGUGGGAAGGUCAAAAAACAAAGAACAGCUAACUCUCUCCUCUUCUGGUUAUUGAACAAUGGUCGACAAUAAGAGCAUCAUGACUCUUUGAUUACUAUGUUUUCAAUGUCAAAGUUUCAGUGGGAGUAGGGGAUUAGGAGGGAUGGCUAUCCUCUUGGCAGAAAGAUCAGAUAUGUCUCCUAUCGUGGCCAUUAUAGAGGGAAGGGUUGUCACGAACUUGGGUAAAAUAGACUAACAGACAGUUCUGUUAGGCUAAGUGGAAGAGAGUCUUACAGAGCCCAGGGCCCAAAAGGAAAGUCAUGGAAGAUAGCACUUAUUUUCCAAUUUAUUUGCAUCUCUUUUGAAGUAAUAUUCCUAUAUUCUUUAGCUUUCUAUAAUUCCUUUCUGCUGAUAGCACACUUGUUGCAUAGCAUUUUCUUGGACAAGAAAAAAUUUCUCAGUCAUUAUUUUGUGCAUCAGAACAAUUCUCUUCUAACUGUAGUCAUGUGACCUCAACAA